AUGUCUGGCUACGUCUACGACCUACCCACAACAGGCGCACUUUCCCUCUCCGAACUAUGUAUCGACAUUACCGGCUCACACGCUGCAAAUCUCGCACGUGCAACCGAAGCACGCGCCAAUGUCCGUGCGAUACUCAAAGCUUCAAGGCGAACCGACGCGGGGGAACGGGACUAUCUUAAAGUUGUCAAGGCCCUAGACGAUUAUAUCCCGUUUAUCAAUGCGAUUAUCGCCAGUGUCGCCGCCGACGAUCUGACGCUCGCCCAGGAACCAGGCAAGUCAUGCUGGCGUUCGACUUUGUCUCAUUCCACGCUCUCCGAUCCACCUCGAAUCAAUGUACAGGGCCUCCAUUCUGAACUCGCUUUCGUCUUAUAUUCGAGCGCAUACGCCUUGUCCAAUCUCUCUGCCGCAUCUGUCGCGUCGCUCGGGACAUAUGAGCGUGACCGAGCGCUACCAGAUGCCGAUCGACGUGCCAAAGACGAAAAGCUGUCUUUUGCGGUCAAGCUGCUUUGCCGUGCGGCCGGGAUAUUUACUCAUAUUGCCCAGGUUGUCAUUCCGGAGCUUGGCAAGGGCGUCGGGGGUCCCAGGCCGCCCGAGUUGAGAGAGGACGUGGCGAAUGCGUUGGCCAAGUUGGCAUUGGCAGAUGCAAACGUGCUUUCCGUGCGCAAGUUGCUUACCCGAUCUGCUGUAGAGGCAGCGCUUUCUCCUGGUCCGCCUUUGCCACAAGGUCAUCCUGCUCCAGCGCUCGUUGCCAAGAUUCAUUUGCACAUUGCUUCGUUGUUUGCUUCUGCUCGUGGAUUGACCGACACAUCCCAACGCAAGCUCUCGUUGCUCAAAUCUCGAGGAGGAGCAGACAGUGCCGAAAUGUCUCAGGAUAUACGACGAUACUUGGAGGAAGAAUCUGCUUUGAACGAGGCAUUGGCACAUAAAUGGCUAGGAGUCGAUGCUGGCGAAGCGAACAGGACAGGGGAUGCGGUUGGGUACCUUCGAUGGGCCAAAUCGGAACUCGAGUCACUCAAAGAAGGUAGACUCGCCAGGUUCAAGAAGAGUGGUGGAGAUGGAAAGAUGAAAAAGGAAAGGAGUGCGGAAGAGAUUGAGAGUGUUGGUAUGUUUUUGAAUAACUAUUUGAGAACAAAUGAUUCGGUACACUUCCAACCUGUUCCUACGUCGUCCUCUCUCCAGGCGACCAUCCCAGCCGGAAUGCCCGUAAUGACUGAGAAAGCAUACGAAGCACCUAUGCCAGCAUUUGGUCCCGGACUCCUGAUUACGUCGCCCGACACGUCCAAAAACUCGAUUUAG